AUGUACGAAUUGCAACAAGGUGAUAUGAUAGGGGAUAUAUACAAAGUUAAGAAACUUCUAUCUUAAGGUUCCUUUGGUAAAGUGUAUAUAGGGAAAAAUAUAGAGAGUGGAAUGAAAGUGGCAAUUAAAGUUGAAAAAUAAGAAAUGUAGAAUUUCUUAAGUUUAGAGAGAGAGGUUAGUUGAAAAAUUAUUGAUAGGUAGAAAUUUUGAAGAAAUUAAGAGGUAUUCCAUAAGUACCCUAAUUACUAUGGUAUGGAAAAUAUAAGGAGCUUUAAGUAAUGAUAACUAAGAUGCUUGGAUUUGAUUUAAUUUAUUUCUUGAAAAAAAAUAAGAAAUUUUCAAUUGAAUGUAUUUUUAACAUUGCUUAAUAAAUGAUAGAAAUUUUAGAAAAUAUUCAUAAAAAGUAUAUUAAUAAGGUUAUUUUUAAGGAAUAUAAUUCAUAGAGAUUUAAAACCAGAAAAUAUAUUGGGUAAAAGUCAUUCAGAUUAAAUUUAUUUAAUUGAUUUUGGAAUUGCAAAAGAUUUUGUAAAAAGUAAGAAAUAAAGUAAAGCCAAAAUUCCAUUUAUUGGAACCAGUAGAUAUGCUAGUGUAACUGCUCAUAGAGGUUUAGAGCAAUCUAAAAGAGAUGAUUUAGAAUCUUUAGGUUAUGUUUUGAUAUAUCUUCUAAAACAGAAAUUACCAUGGUCUAAUUAUGAGAAAAGUGAAAAUGAUCGUUUAGAAAGAAUUGGUUAAUUAAAAUAUGAAAUAAAACCAUAAGAAAUUUGUGAAGGUUGUCCUUAAUAAUUAUUAAAGUAAUAAUAAAAAUAAAAAUUUAGUUAUAUGACUUAAGUAGCAUAAUUAAAUCAUCAAUAAAUUCCAAAUUAUUAAAAACUAAAGUCUAUUUUUUAGUUGAAAAUUAAUCAUAAAUAAUAUAUGAUCUUUGAUUGGUCAAAUACUUAAUUUGUUAAUUCGAAAACUAUUUAAGAUAAAAAAAAUAAUAAUAAUAAUUAGAAAUAAAAUAAAUAUGAUAGUGUUUAGCAUAUAAAACUGUAUUUUAUUUAAUAUAUUGUAGAUCUGCUGACAAAAUGAGUUCAAGACAUCUUCAUACAAUUACUUUUCAUGUUGACUCAAAUGCCUCUUCCUGUUUCAAUAGUCAACAAUCAAGUAGUAUGUAACACUCUUUUGGAAGUCAUUAAAGUGUAUAGGUUGAUUUUUUAAAUUCUGAUUCAAGUGUAUAAUCUUAAAAGAAAUAAAACAAACUUUCAACUUUUGAUGCAUUUAUAAUUAAUGAUGAUAUUAUGCCAAUAAAAGAUUAGCUUUAAUUAAUGGAAUUAGAAAAUCAGGAUUUAGAAAUAAAACAUAAUUUGUUACAUUAUCAUUCAGUUUAUUAUAACUUCAAGAAUCCAUUUUAAGGCAUUUUAUCUCUAAAAAUCAAUUGA